UUAGAUUUCAAAAUGCCUCUUUCUGUUCCAGUAAAACCACCUUCGAGGUCUUUUCUCGAAGCUGCUGAGUCUUCAAAGCUCCUAGACUGGGAGUUGGACUCGAUAAAGACCGAAAGAGAAGAAAAUGUUGCUCGUAGCUUAUUCCAUUACCGCAACUUGAAAUCAGAGUUGAAAAACCAGUGUGAAAUUUCUAGAAACCUUCAGGAAGAUAUGGACGAAAGCAGUAGUUACGAGGCAGCAACUGUCUGGGUUAUGGGGUCAUGGGAAGCACUAGAGUCUCUCGAGGGAAAGAGAGAAGAAUCUAAGGAGUAUAUGAAACGAAUAGCUCAAUUGUCAAGGGAGAUUUUGACUCUUAAAAUUCAGAUUUUGUGCGCAAAGGUUGUUCAUGUUGGCGCUGUCAUCAAACAGUUACAGGAAUUGGAGGCAUCAGCUGGACCCAAGUCUACCACACCUCCAGAACUACUUUUCCAUAAGUUUGAGGAAUGGGUUCAAUCAAAUGAACAGAUUUACAACUUGCAGUCUAGUAUACUAAAUUUAGAAGCCCAAAAAGUCAGGCUUCACAAAAGCAUUCGAACAGAACAUGCAAGACAACUUUCUGUGUCAUCCAUAGCAACAAAGGGUUCUUUUGCAUCUGCCCUAGAGGACCAUCCUGGCAAAAACACUGAAUCAGGAUUAAUGCUUCAGUUUGCUGAUGAACCCAUGGUAUCCCAUAUUCCUUCAAAACAAGAAGCAAUGCUUGACAAACUACUGGUGGUCAGCUCUCAGAAUAAGAGCUUUGAGUCGUUCAAGUUAAAAGCCUACAUACGAGAGUGCUGGGAAGUCAAGCAUGUUGAUGAUGAUUUCCCAACUGGAGUUCAUCAGGAUCGGUAUCAGGAGUUCAUUGGUGGGAUGUGUCAGUACAUUGUUGAUAAACCAACUUAUAGCUUCUUGUCAUAUGAUGCUGUCUUUGCAAAAUUAGAGCAUCACCUAAUGCCUGAAAUCUACAGCCGGGUUCAAGAGCAUGUCAGCCGACCAGAAGAUGAUGCUAAAUUAGCACGGUUUGGCAAAAACCUUGCGUUCUUAAGCCAGUCACAGUUUGGCAUCAAACCUGAGUGCCAAGAUAUCAGUUUGUCACCUUACUACGCAGCCAUUUCUGCUCUCAAGGCUUCUUCAAUGUGCUUAAUCCCAACCAGAAAGAUUUUCCAGAUAGUUAGAGCUGCAAAACUUGUGUUUGAAAAUUUGAAUGAGAUAGCAGCACAAGAUAAUCGAAGUCCCCCUGGAGCAGAUGAGUUCAUGGAUGUUUGGGUGUACGUAGUUCUCAAGGCAAACAUCCCAAAACUUGCCUCAACUGUUGCCUACCUCAAGAAAUACUGCAAUCCAAAUCUGGCAUUCACUGAAGCUGGGUACUACCUUUCUAGUGUAGAGUUUGCUUGUCAGUACAUUCUUAGGCUAAAUGAACAUGAGUUUCCUGUCCAUCAGGGCAAGAAGAUUGACAAAAUAGUAGUAUGUGAACAAAGAAGAUAUCGACAGCUCGCAUCAGAGGGGGCUUCAGUGUUUGAGGCGGUUUCCGAGAAUGAAUGGUUGAAAGGGUAUCAGAUGUUUGCUGUGAAAGAAUGGCAGUUGGAUCCAUUGAGGUACUUCAGCACUGUCCUGGUACCAACUGAUGAUCAAUCAGCCAAAGUAAAAGUGUCAGUCGUCAGAGUAAAUAAAGAGGUUGUGUCAGCGUCUCAGCUGGAGUAUCUCAAGUCCUGCUUUCUGGAGCCCUCAGCAGCACAUGGCUUGGCAUCAGUCAACACUCAUCUUGGUAGCACAGUUAUACUCUACUCAAGCAAUGCUCAACGAAGUCUGACUCUUAUUCCCAUCAAAAGUGGUCAAUAUGAUGAGGUAGAGGAUAGUUUGAAGUGGUAUUGUACACUUGAAAGACUAAGCUGCAUCCAGCCGAGGAACCAAACUGUUCGUAUGAACCCAGAAAACACUUCUACUGAUACAGAAUUAGAUAAAAGUGGGGACACAAAGAGAAAGGUUCAAACACAGUGCUUGUCGUCAGAUCUUACACUUUUGCAUCUUCAUAGUGAACAUUCUGAACAUGAAGGGCUCUUCGAUAAUUCUAUAGGAAUUACGGACAGCUUGGAAAAGAAAGAGCCAAUGGAUAUCAUAAGUACUGAUUUUGUGUUGGAUGCUGCUCAACACAAGAAUGUGUUAGUCCAGAGUGUAUAUUAUAAUGAUGAAGAGAAAAAGACUGCUAGCAAUUUAAUGACUGUUCUCCUCAACUAUCUCUACAUUCUUGGAUAUCUUAGCCACUUAAUCGACAUACCAGAGCCCUACUUUAAUAAUGUAAUUGUUCUAGCAGUCAGGCACUUUCAGCUUGAUUAUAACUCUUAUUCACCUGACGACACCCUCCCUACUAGUGGCCAUCUCACACCUGCAACGCUGAAGGCCUUGACGGAACUUCUAAAAACAACCAUAGAGAAGCUCAACAGACUAGGAUUUCACUUUGAGGGAGAACUUCAUUUGAGCCGUGAGAAGGAAUGGAUUGCAUUUUCCAAGUUUGUUAGUCACUGUCAAGAUUCCAUGGUGAUCAAUAUCCACAUGAAAGGGGCGCUUGAUAGACAAACAAGAGAGGAGAUUGACAGAUUGGUGGCUGAUCUUCGAUGUCAUUUGACUUAGUGGUUUGUUUUCAAUGUACAAUUUUAUUUACCAGUAAUUAUUUGACAUCAAACAUUUAAGUAGUGAUUGCUUAGUCUCCUGAUCACAAGCCAGGGAUGAAGGCUUAUGGCUAAAGCACUCAUCACAUAAUCAAAUUGGAAAUUAGGAAUUGAUUUUUGUGGAGUGAAAACUGGAGAAAAAGUCCGACUCAACGCACAGGAGAGAAACAACAAACAACUCUACUCACAUGAUACAGAGCCUGGCUGGUGCUUCGCUGCAUAAGAUCACAAAUCAUGCCCUUGGAAUUGCUUCAUCAUUGAAGAACUACUUUAUCAUUGCUCAUCUACACCAACACACACUUACUGGCACUGAAAUGUAACAUUGAAUAUUUCUCCCUGAAAAUGGAAUACAGUCUGAAAGCUUGGAAUUAAAAAUAAAAAAGAGGUUGAAGCAGGUUUUUCAAAUCAAGAUUCGUUUGUACUCCUCUCUUCUCAUUAUCACCAAGCACUGAAAUUUGACUGAGAAAAAGGACUAAAAUAGGGAAAAAAUUACACCCAAAUACAUAAAUUUUGAGCAGAAUUUUGUUAGGAUUUACUCCAUGUAAGAUAAAAACACCAUAUGCUGCAUAUAUAUGUGAACUUUUAUCUUUGUUUCUUGAAAAUAACAAAUGUUUAUAUAUAAUUAUAUAUAUAUAUGUGUAUGUAUAAUUAUUAUAGAGCUACAUACUUUAAAACAACCCCCAAUGUACGCAUGUUCGAUCUUACAGCCUUUCUGCUUUUUUUUAGUGGAAAAGACUAAAUAUGGAAAAAUUUAGUGAUUUUACUUGGCCCUUGAAAAAAAAAAA